AUGGUGAAGUCACCAACUAUUGGAAGUCACAAGACCUGUCAGACUCCUUGUUUCCUUUCUUCUCCUUCUCCUUCACCUGAUUCUCCCCAAUUAUGUCUCCACGAUGAGAGGUUUGAUUUGCUGCAACUGAAGCAAAAACAUUACCAUGUCUCUCCAUAUUACAACUACCAUCCUCUCAACUCUUGGAAGCCAAAUACUGAUUGCUGCUUCUGGAAAGGCAUCUCCUGCGAUGGCAACACUGGUCAUGUAGUUGGCCUUGAUCUCUUCAAUUCAUCACUGCAUGGUUCUAUCCACUCCAAUAGCAGCCUCUUCCAGCUUCAUCAACUUCAAAUGCUCAACCUCUCAUGGAAUCAUUUCGAUCACUUUGCUCCAUCGGGGUUUGAAAGACUCUCCAGGUUAAUGCAUCUCAACCUCUCUUCAAACUAUUUUUCUGGACAAAUCCCAUCACAACUAUCACAACUCAAAGAUUUGGUUUCUCUUGAUCUUUCUUGGAACCACUUUGGAGGCCAAAUCCCAUCACAAAUAUCACAACUCACAUAUUUGGUUUCUCUUGAUCUUUCUUCGAACCAAUUUGAAGGCCAAGUCCCAUCUGAAAUCUCUAAGCUGACGAAGUUGGUUUUCCUUGACCUCUCUAGCCUGUAUGGGUUUUCCCAACUUGAAAUCCCUAAUUUGGGAGCAUUUGUUCAAAACCUAUCUAUGUUGAGAGAAUUGCGUCUUGAUAGCUUGAACUUGUCAGCUCAAGAAAAUAAGUAUUGGUGUCGUCGCUUAUCAUCUGCAUUGCCUAACCUUCAAGUGUUGUCAAUGAGUUAUUGUUCACUUACAGGUCCCUUGGAUGCAUCCAUCUCAAGCCUUCGUUUCCUCUCGGAGCUCUCCCUUGAUGACAACUACAAUCUCUCUUCCACAGUACCUAGUUCUUUGAUGAACCUAACUUCUUUGACUAUCCUUAGUCUCGGCAAUUGCGGACUUCAUGGAGAUUUUCCAAGCAAUGUUUUUCUUCAACCGAACUUGAGGGACAUAGCCUUAUAUGAUAAUCCUCUCCUCUCGGUUCAUUUUCCUGAAGUCCCUCAAGUCAACACUACUCUUCAAUAUCUGGAUGUUGGCAGCACAAAUUUCCAAGGGAAGUUCCCAAGUUCAGUUGGGAAACUCAAGUUUUUGAAGGAAUUGUAUCUCAAUGAUUGCAACUUCUUUGGACCAAUUCCUCCUUGUCUUGCAAAUCUUACCCAACUUACCUCCUUGUAUCUUUCAGACAACAAUUUUAGUGGUGAAAUCCCUUCCUAUUUUUGGGAGAGGUUUCCCAAUCUUGAGACACUAGAAUUGGGCAACAAUUUGCUCCAAGGGCCCCUCCAUUCUUAUUUGUUUUUUCUCCCAUCAUUGAGUAACCUUCACUUGUCCAAUAACCAAUUUAGUGGGGUCGUAAAUGAGCCUAUUCACAACAUCUCUUCUUUUUCUAGUCCACGGUAUUUUGAUUUAAGUGGCAAUCAUUUGAAAGGACAAGAUCUGAUGAGAUCAAUUUCCAAGAUCAAAGGAACAUUUCGGUAUCUUGACCUUUCAUUCAAUGACUUUGGCUACAUAGUGGAAGAUAGAAAUCUUUCUUCGUAUGAUCAUAGUUUGUCCAGCAAUCAUCGUAGUGGUGAAAACUUAGUAUUCAAUGCUCAAAUUUUGUCAUUGGUCAUGACUUCUUGUAACAUAAGUAAAUUCCCAGAUUUUCUAAUUAGGAACCAAAAGGCAUUGAGUGGUCUAGAUAUCUCUGGUAAUAGAAUAACCGGUACAAUACCCAAAUUGAUAUGGCAACCGAGUUUGAGUUACCUAAACCUUUCUAACAACUUUUUCUCAGGUAUGGAAUUGCCAUUACCUAAUCAUUCCUUCAAUAACCUUCGGGUAAUUGAUCUUCACUCAAACAUGAUACAAGAGUGUCCAUCAAUAGUUCCAUCAUGCUUUGACACUAAGUUUGCAUCUCCUAUCUUAGGGAAUCUCACGUCCCUUCUCUCUGAAGCCACUUUUUAUUUUUCAAUUUCAGACAACAAGUUAACUGGUAAAAUCCCUUUCUCAAUUUGCAAGGCAACCAAUCUUGAUAUUUUGGAUUUGUCCAAGAACCAAUUGAGUGGCAACAUUCCAACCUGCCUCGGCAAUAGCAGCUUGGGGGUACUAAAUUUGGAGAACAACAAAUUAUAUGGGCCCAUUCCUUCUACUUUCAAAAAUGGGUGCAAUCUGCACACGCUCAAACUCAAUAAAAAUAAGCUUCAAGGAAAAGUUCCAAGAUCACUGGGCAAUUGCAAGUUACUCACGGUGUUAGAUAUUGCAGAGAACAAGUUGAAUGAUACCUUUCCCUAUUGGUUGGAAAACCUCUCUGAAUUGCAGGUUCUUGUGAUGAGGUCUAACAAAUUUAGUGGUCCCAUUGCUGAAGUCACACAUGUUGAUUCUCCCUUCCCGAAUCUACAUGUCAUUGAUCUCUCUUUCAACAAGUUCACAGGAAGUUUACCUCUGCAGUAUAUUUGUCAUUGGAAGGCAAUGAUGUUUGAUGGGGGUACUUCCCAGUUGGGAUACCAAAAUCUCAAAGCUUUUACCACCUACUAUCAGGACACAGUUGCAAUUAUGGAGAAGGGAUUAUACUUGAACCUGCAAAAGAUUUUAACCGCCUUCACCACCGUGGAUCUGUCCAACAACAACUUCAAGGGAAAUAUUCCACACGCUUUGGGCAAUCUAAAAGCACUGAAAGUACUCAACUUAUCAGGAAAUAGUCUCACAGGUCAAAUUCCAAUUUCAUUGGGGAAUCUAAGCGAACUUGAAUCGUUAGAUCUUUCAAGAAACAAAUUAUCAGGAGAGAUCCCAAGGCAAUUGACAAGUUUGACGUUCCUUGAAGUCAUGAAUCUAUCCUAUAACAACUUCAUAGGAAGUAUACCUCAAGGUCGCCAAUUUGACACGUUUACAAAUGCUUCCUAUGAGGGAAAUGCAGGACUAUGUGGGUUACCUUUGUCAAGAAAGUGUGGAGUAUUUGAUAAAGCAUUACCGCCAACGUCAACAUCAUUCCAACAAAAUGAUGAUGAUUCAACAUCUUUACUUGAUUGGAAAUUUGCCUUGGCAGGAUAUUGCUCUGGUUUAACAACUGGUUUGGUCAUUGGGCAACAAUUAUUUUGGAGAAAAACCAGAUGGUUUGAGUUCAUUUCAAGAAUUGUGGAUGAGAGGUCUGCUUUACUAGAACUGAAGCAAAAGCACUAUCUUGCGUAUCCAGAUGAUGAUCCCCUCAACUCUUGGAGACAAAAUACAGAUUGUUGUUUCUGGGAAGGCAUCUCCUGUGACAACACCACUGGUCAUGUAGUUAGCCUUGACCUCUCUGAUUUAUCACUCGCCGCUUCUAUCCAUUUCAAUAGCAGCCUAUUCCAUUUUCAUCACCUUCAAAUGCUCAACCUCUCAUGGAAUCAUUUCAACUACUUUGCUCCUUCAGGGUUUGACAGAUUCACCAGGUUAAUGCACCUCAACCUCUCCAAUAAUGAUUUUUCAGGACGAAUCCCAUCACAAAUAUUUCAACUCACACAUUUUGUUUCUCUUAAUCUUUCUUCAAACCAAUUUGGAGGCCAAAUCCCAUUUGAAAUCUCUAAGCUGACCAAGUUGGCUUUUCUUGACCUCUCUAACAAUUAUGGGUUUUCCCAACUUGAAAUCCCUAAUUUGGGAGCAUUUGUUCAAAACCUAUCUAUGUUGAUAGAAUUGCGUCUUGAUGGGGUGUGA